AUGGGUUUGCAAAGAUAUGAAUCAGGAAGAUUUGAUGAUGCUCUGGCGCUGUUUCAACAAGCUUUGGACCUUCCAGGCUCUGGUAUCCGGAGAUUUAGGAACAAACCUCCAGAGAUAAGCACAGGCGAGAAAAUGGCUGCCCUGUACAACAUUGCAUGCUGCUACUCAGGGAAAAAUGAUGUGAGGCCAGGGCUUCAGGCCCUUGCUGCUUGUCUGGAGACGGGCUACGAUGACUUCAACCAGCUUCGAACUGAUCCAGAUCUGCGGCAAAUUCGACAAGAUCCCAGAUUUGAGCCGCUGCUGAAGCGUUUUGAGCCCAAGUCGUUCUUGGGCAAGCUGGCGACGGGCUUCGGGGGCUGA